CCGGAAGUCCCGCCCAAUUGUAGUCGCCGCCGCAGCCGCCGCCGCCGUCGUUUUUGUUGUUGUGGUCGGUGCGCUGAACUCCUCGGCUCAGAGAGCCGUGUCCGUCCCCUUCUCGCCGCCGCCAUGAAGUGGAUGUUCAAGGAGGACCACUCGUUGGAACACAGAUGCGUGGAAUCCGCGAAAAUCCGCGCGAAAUACCCCGACCGGGUUCCGGUGAUCGUGGAAAAAGUCUCUGGCUCUCAGAUUGUUGACAUUGACAAACGGAAGUACCUGGUUCCAUCUGACAUCACUGUGGCUCAGUUCAUGUGGAUCAUCAGGAAAAGGAUCCAGCUUCCUUCUGAAAAGGCGAUCUUCCUCUUUGUGGACAAGACAGUCCCACAGUCCAGCCUCACUAUGGGACAGCUUUACGAGAAGGAAAAAGAUGAAGAUGGAUUCUUGUAUGUGGCCUACAGCGGAGAGAACACUUUUGGCUUCUGAAGGCCAGCGCUGGGCUAGGUGCACUGUUCCUGUUUGUGUAUCUUGUAAAUAGCCGGCCGUUUUCAGUUUACUUCAGACCCCUCUUGACAUAGACCUAUUAGUGCAUUUGUAACUGGAUUUAUUUCUUAUUCUACUGGAAGGGUUUGUUUCCUUAGACUAGUAAAUGAUCACACAGAGUUUUAUUUGGAUGUUUUCAUUCUGUGCAUUGUGCUCAUGGCUCUGCUCCCAGGGAAGCUGUUCUUCUGGGCAGCCUACUUAAUGAAGACAUGUUCCCAUUGAAGUGAGUGGGGCAGGUGGGGACUGAAGUGGAAAGGAGGGAGAUGAUAACGCUCGUUCUGGAUUAUGUUUGAAGUGUUAGAUGGCUAAGUAUUAAAAGCAUCCAAAUUAAAUCCUUAGCAAUCAGAACACUUGCUUCCCUAGAUUUCUGCCAACUGCCAAUCAUGUUGGACUGAGCUAAUCUGUUUUUCUUUCUGAAACUAUGAAGGUAAAUAUUAACAAUAAAACUUCCUCUUGUAAAGGCA